AUGGCAAGAACAUAGCUAGGUCCAGAUCAGGUUGCUGCGUAGUACAAUGAGGAAGUCCGAGCCAUCUGGAAAAAACAAGCAGCUUAGAAAGGGUUUGUGGUCACCGGAAGAAGAUGACAAGCUCAUGAGGUACAUGCGCAACAAUGGACGAGGUUGUUGGAGUGAUGUGGCCAGGAAUGCUGGCUUGCAAAGGUGUGGCAAAAGUUGUCGCCUUCGAUGGAUCAAUUAUUUGAGGCCUGACCUUAAACGAGGCGCUUUCUCACCCCAAGAGCAACAACUCAUCAUCCAUUUGCACUCCCUUCUUGGCAACAGAUGGUCCCAAAUAGCGGCACGCUUACCAGGACGAACAGACAAUGAAAUCAAGAACUUUUGGAACUCCGCAAUGAAAAAAAGACUCAAGAAUUCUUUGGGCGCGAAAGACUUCAACAUGGGAGGGCUUGUUUCUGCUCAAUAUCAACAUAGCUUUAAUGUGCCUAUGUUCAACUCGUCUCCAUCUUCAUCAACAGUUGACAGGAUUCCUGAGCGAAGAUUGCAGUGUGCAUCAGGUGGAUUACUCUCAGGAAGUCAGGUGGUUGAGGGGGUAGACAUUGGAAUAUCAGAAGGGGAUCAGUUGUUUGGUACUCUAGAGGCCACUGCCAACCUCAAAGGGGAGAGCACGUGCCACGCACACACCACCAAUGCUUACUUUGAAGACGUAAACGGUAGUAUGGCUGAUCACUGUGACAGAGCUGAGGCGGAGAAUUCAUUUGAACUAGAGUUAAUCACGGGCAUGGAAGAGUGGAAUCUUGAGGAUAUCAUGAAGGAUAUUCCAUCUUCUUCCUUCCUUGAUUUUUACCCCGGCUUUUUUUAACCACCUCCAGCCAUAUAUGUAUAUAUAUCUGUGUGCCUGUGUGUGCCCAUCUACUUGAACCUCUUGUGAUAUCUGAAACUUUUCCGCACAUAUGUAUAUUGGAGUUAAGGUCAGAUAUUAACGAGUAGGUCUCGAAGUAAAAAUUGAGCGAAUGAUCAUGGGGUAAUUAUAGACAUGCAAUUUCCAGUUUAGGCGGACCUACGAGGAGAACGGCGUGCAUAUAUGUUAGAUGUACAAUCAAUUUUUCAAAACCA